AAAUACAUGUAAACACUUUAUUUCCCAUGCCUAUCCAUUAAAUGAUCAGAUAUAAAAAUAAAAAACUUGUUGUAGAAAAAAUAUGAAACGUUUUUUCGUCUCCUGUAAAAUCAACUUUUUGUAGAUAGAUGGUCUUGGUUCUUAAGCAUCGUAAUAUUAAUCAACUCAUUUUAUUAUUUCAGGGUUGUAAAAAUCAAAUGGAUAACUACUUUUUGGAUAUAAUAUAUUGCUAAACUUGAAGAGUGGGAUAAGUACUAUUCAAUUUCAUUGUGGUAUCCAAGGACUCGGAUAAAAAUUAAAAUGUCAUUAAUUAAUCUGCCAGAGGAAAUUUUUAUAAUAAUUAUUAAAAAGUUAGAUUUAAAAUCCUUAUACAAUUUGUACAACACAUGUCAAUAUGCAAGAAAUGUUUUGCGGUUAAAGAACCUAAUCAAAUAUUGGCCAAUGACAAUGAGUUCUAUGGCCACAGUAAAAUAUUUGACAAGUGAUUUCUUCAAAGAUGUUGCAGGCCAUUUGUUAGAGUUGAACUUAUGUGGUGUUGUUGAUUUAAGAAAAACAGCAUUGUUACCAGCACUGAAGCGCUUGAAAAAUCUGAAAACUUUAGAUGUUACUUAUACACAAAUCAAUUUAAUGGAUUUCUGUGAUAUGUAUAAGGUCUGUCCUUCUAUUAAAAAUAUAAGCAUUGACUUUGAAUUUGACAAAACCAAAUUAAAAAAUGAUAAUAAUUUAAUUGAAAAGUAUCAAAAUAUUUUUCAAAAUAUGAACAAUGUACAUUUUGUAGGUUCAACUUCAAAUUUAUUAUAUUCAAAUGCUGUGCUUCAUAUAUUAAAAACAUCAAAAUUGAAUAUUUUCAAAUUGACUGUAAUUCAUCGUAAGACACCUAAUCCUUUAUUUUAUGAUGAGGAAUAUAUUGGUUCAGUAGAGUUUAAUGAGUUUUAUGUAUAUUUAAUGAACUUGGAGGCAAAUUAUGGUCAUUAUCUUACAAUUAGUCUGUUUAUUGGAAUCCAAGAUGAGAAUAUUGAAAAGAUAAUCAUUGUGAAUGGAGCUCAUUUAGAUGAAAUUAAAGUUUUUGCUACACCAAUAUUCAUUAAAUUUUUUAGUGACGAGUUUAAUAUAAAAACUAUAGAUAUAAGCGAGUAUGAUAAUUAUCUUACUGGCAAUGUUAGCAUUAUGAUGUUCAAUAAAGAGACUGUUCAAUUUGAUGCAGUAUUCUAUAAUAGAUUAUUUAAUAGAGUAAAGGAAUAUUUUCCAUACGUCUUCUGUUCUGAGAUUCAGUUACCAGUUCCUGAUAAAUAUGAUUGGUUUUAUUCCCACCCAAUAGUGACAGCUGUGAAUGAAAACUGUAGCAACACUACCGAUUUUAAGAAAAAGAGGAUAUGUAAUCCAAACUUUUUAUUAGAUUAUGAUGUUGCUUUUAAAGAUAAACACAAAUUGAUGUUGAGUUUAUCGUUUUCUUUAAAUUACGUUAACCCUGUUGCUCUUUCACCAAAUAGUGAGUUCUUGUCGAAACUUACCUUUUUAAGUUUAAGUGGUACUGUACGGUAUAGUGUGUGGUUUUUCAAUAUAUUGUUUCGUUGUUGUUACAACCUUGUCACACUCGAUGUGGUUGCUCCUCCGAUUUCGCCAUGCAUCUCCGCUAUCUCACGGUCCAUACCUUUGAGUAAGACUUUGAAAAACAUACGCCUUGUUGAUCGAAGGUUUGAUUACAGUAAUUUCUUCUUAUCGCUUAGUCAAUGUAGGACGUUAGAAAAUAUUCACAUCGUUGAUCAAUCAUCGGAACACACAAGUUUAGCAGAUCCUAGUAUACUUUUUGAAAAUUGUGAACAUUUGUACAAUGUAUGUAUUAAAGCGUGUAUGACUGAAAAUGUUCAGAAAAAAACUCUGAGUCUAUUUAAUAAUACUAAAAAAGCUCGUGGUAGACCUCAGAUCAAUGUGAGUAUAUGUCCAAUUCUAUUAACCAAUGAUAGAUAUGGAUUGAAUUAUGAACCUUCUAUUGAAGUGUUCAAUAUUUUCCCAAUUAAACCUGGAUCAUCUUUUAGCUAAAAAAAAAUCUGCAACAAUUGUACUCUAAAGCUGUAGCGUACUAACCUCAUCGGAGGCCCGGGGCGACAAUCGGCCGGACCAACCACUUUUUUCAAACGGGGCAGUAACUU